ACUCAAUAAAUUAUUGGCAUUAAAUUUGAGAAAAUCUCAAUGUGAUGGUUCUAGGAUAUAAUAUUAUUCGUCUCCAUCACAAUAACAUUCCGCAGAUCGGUGGAUAUAUUAACUGUCUUUUUAAAACACCGAGUUACCCUUAAACCAGUCCCGACAUGCCCUUUAAUUCCGCUAGCUCCUCCGCCAUGUAUCCACUGUCGGCGUAACACAACAGCGGGACCCCGAGCUUCAAACACCGUCCGUGUCCUUCUCUGUCCGCCGCGUCACCAGCCUGUUUCUCUCCCCCUGCCAUGCCCCGGGUCACCUCGCUGCUGCCUGCCCUGCUUUUGGUUCUCCUGCCGGGCCUGAGCCGGGGGUAUUUCCCCGAGGAGCGCUGGAGCCCCGAGUCUCCGCUCCUGGCUCCCCGGGUCGUCAUCGCUCUGGUCUGCCGCAACUCGGCGCACUCUCUGCCGCUGUUCCUGGGAACUAUAGAGCGUCUGAACUACCCCAAAGACCGCAUUGCGCUUUGGGUGGCGACAGAUCACAACAUCGACAACACCACAGCCAUCCUGAGAGAGUGGCUGAUCAAGGUGCAGAACGACUAUCACUAUGUGGAGUGGAGGCCUGAUGAUGAAACCAGUGUCUUUGAAGACGAGGUGGGGCCUAAGCACUGGAAUAAUCAGCGUUAUGAACAUGUAAUGAAGCUCCGUCAGGCAGCACUGGAGACCGCCCGCGAGAUCUGGGCCGACUACCUCCUGGUGGCCGACUGUGACAACCUGCUCACCAACCAGGAUGUGUUGUGGAAAAUGAUGCGAGAGAACAAAACUAUCAUCGCUCCCAUGCUGGAGUCCAGAGCUGCAUACUCCAAUUUCUGGUGUGGCAUGACUUCACAGGGUUACUACAAACGCACACCAGCUUACAUGCCGAUCCGUAAGCUGGAACGACGUGGCUGUUUUGCUGUGCCAAUGGUCCACUCCACCUACCUGCUGGACCUGCAGAAAGAGGCCUCCCGUCAGCUGGCUUUUUAUCCACCUCACCCCGAGUACAGCUGGGCCCUGGAUGAUGUCAUCGUCUUUGCUUACUCAGCUCGCAUGGCAGAUGUGCAAAUGUAUGUGUGCAACAAAGAAACAUAUGGGUAUUUCCCUGUUCCAAUGCGUUCCCAUGCUACUCUGCAGGAUGAGGCUGAGAGCUUCCUGCACACUCACCUUGAGGUCAUGGUGAAAAAUCCUCCAUUGGAGCCCUCUAGCUUCCUGUCUCAUCCUCCCAAGCAGCCCAGCAAGAUCGGCUUUGAUGAGGUGUUUAUGAUCAAUCUGGUGCGGAGAUCUGACCGCCGUGAGCGAAUGCUGAGAGCUCUAUACGAGCAAGAGCUCAACUGUAAGGUUAUUGCUGCUGUGGAUGGCAAAGCGCUGAACAAGACUGACGUAGAGUCUAUGGGGAUUAAGAUGCUGCCGGGAUACAAAGACCCUUAUCAUGGACGACCUCUCACUAAGGGUGAACUGGGAUGUUUUCUCUCUCAUUACAACAUCUGGAAGGAGAUAGUAGAUCGGGGUCUGCACACAUCCCUAGUCAUCGAGGACGACCUCCGCUUUGAGGUGUUCUUCAAACGGCGUCUCCAGGCGCUGCUGCAGGAGGUGACGACACACAAGCUGGACUGGGAUCUCAUUUACAUUGGGCGAAAGCGGAUGCAGGUGGACCACCCAGAGACAUCUGUGCCAAACAUCCACAAUUUGGUGGAGGCAGAUUACUCCUACUGGACUCUGGGCUACAUGCUGUCCUUGCAAGGAGCAAAGAAACUGCUCAGGGCUGAACCUCUGACAAAGAUGCUCCCUGUUGAUGAGUUCCUCCCUGUCAUGUACAACAAACAUCCAAUCUCAGAAUACAUGGACUACUUUGAGACCCGGGACCUGCACGCCUUUUCUGCAGAGCCGCUUCUGGUGUACCCGACCCACUACACUGGAGACCCGGGCUACAUCAGCGACACAGAGACAUCAGUGGUCUGGGACAACGAGACCGUCAAGACCGACUGGGACCGAGCCAAGUCAAGGAAAACUCAGGAGCAGGGGGAGCUGAGCUUUGAGGCCCAGAACUCUGACGUGCUGCAGUCUGAACUUGAGAACUGGAGCGCACGAGAUGAGCUGUGACGAAAAGGAGAUGAGAAAAGGAUGGGGGACGGAGAGACUCUAGCUUACAGAGAUGAGAACAAAGCUGUGAUAGUAGGAGAGCCAUAGAUGUGAGAAGUUUAGUAGAACAGGGAGGUUAGGCAGAGGAUGCUCAGUCUGAAUGAGGAGGGUUUCUUCUCCACAUAAAUUUCUCUCUCCACUAUUUGAUCUUCCUCUGAAGAGAGGAGGUUACAUGUAGAGUUAACUCUUGAAGAGUCGGCUAGCAGCUUUUAUUUAUUGCAAACAGAGUAGAUCACUUGACCACAGCCUGGCCCUAUAAUAGUUUCUUUUGUUUAAUAACCCUUUCCCUAAAGCUGGAGGUAUGCAGGAUUUAGCCCCGCAUUAAAGCUGUGUUUCCACCAGGUGGUCCAGUUUGAUUGAGAACAGUUUGGUAGGGUUCAGUAUGUUAAAUCCCAAAAUUGAUUGCAAAAUCAGUAAGAAAUAAGCUGUAAACAGCUUUAUUUCAGCUGAAAAGUCCUCUUUUUUUAAUAACUACAUCUUAACUAUAUUAACCAUGGUCAGUAUAGAUCCUCAGGAAUAUGAGUAUAGAAAAGUUUUAAGUCGUAAGAUAACUAUAAUAAAGCCACAAGAUGAAGCAGGGCUGUUACCAUAAAAACCUCAAGCGUUUAGUUGGUGAUGAAUAUAAUCUGAACCCAACUCUAUUCUCCUUACUCUUACCUUAAAGGAAAAUUAAUACCUUAAAUUUUAGGAGAUCAAGCAGACAGUUAAAAAAACAUCUAAGGUACCAAGGCACUUAAUCACACUGGAUUAUGUUUAAUAGCUACAUAAAAAGUCCCGCCAAGUUUUGCAAAUAGGUUCAACAACCACUGAGUGAUCUUUUCAAAGGUUAAUGAACUAGCUACAAUACGGAGAAUCAACUGAUCUAAAGCUCCGUAUUCACAAAACUUCUACAUCAGUUCUGGUUCACAUCCACCAGGCUGACGUGUGCCUUCAGGCCAGUGUUAAUUUCGACAAGUAUUUUAAAUUUUAGUCUCAGUCUUCAAGUUUUAGAUUAAAUGCCUUAUAGAUCUGUCGAGUCCAAAUAUUCCUCAUUUAAAUGGAUAUUGGUCUGCUUUUCUCUCAUUUUCACCCACUGCUCCCAGGGCAGACAGCAUGUUUUGUUUUGCAGCCCUGCUGAGCAGUUGUGUUGCAUGCUGAAAGUGACAUCAGUGCAAACCCCUAUGGUGUGUGUAGCUCCACCUCUUUGGGACAGAUAGGUAAGCAUGAUACCCCUACAGAAGGUUGCCAAAAAAGUGGGACGGUACGGGUUGAUUAUUUGGGACCCUUUCCAACUUUUGAUUAUAGAAAUGCAAAAAAUACUGUUGUACCAAACUGAACCAUGCCGCUUAGUGGAAAUGACAUACAUAGUAACUCCAUAGAAUCCUAUAUUUCAGGGUCAUUAUGAAGUGAAACCGCAGAUACACAAAGAUUAUAUUAUCUUUCUUUUACACUAAGUGGUUCCCAACCUUUUGGCAUUUAAAAGAUGCAGUGUCAACUUCCAACCCCAAGCAACAAGCUGCAUCAGUCUACUGGCCGUCAUGGCUUCUAUCAAAGAGAUAUGCUAAUGUGAAUAAUGUUCAGAUUAAUCAUGGAGUAAAUUUUUUAGCGAACAAAACCUUUUUCAUAGUUUUUUGUGUCUUCUCAAAUAUAUUAUAAAAAUCUUGUGGGGGGACCUGUUUGCCAAGUUGGGAACCACUUGUCUUUCUUUUUUCUUCUGUCUCUUCCAUUGAGUUCAAACACAUCGCUGUGUAGCCAGGCUAAGAGUAGCUGGUUUCUUAUUUAAGUAAAUUUAAGUAAUGAAUGUAUCCCUAUUAUUUUCUUCAACAUAUUGGUUUAUUGUUUCAUUGUUUGCCCCUCUCUACAGAAUGCAGAUUUAACUCAAACAGUUUUUGUUGCAUUUUGACAAUCAUGAAAUCAAUGAGUAUAGUUUUUUUUUAGUAACAUUUCAUGUUUUGUCUCUGUGUUUACAGUUUGUC